GCUGCAGGGACCGUCCGCGGUGACGGAGCUUCCUGUUUGCGGUCGCGAAGAGCUGCCGCAGUUGCCGUUGUCCGGCGCUGCUGGCGGGAGGGUGGCAGCAGCGCUUCGGUGGCACCGCGCGGGACUUGAAAGGCUCAGCUGUUAAGAAGACGACUACUGAAACAUGGUGGAUUAUUAUGAAGUUCUGGGAGUGCAGAAGCAUGCCUCAGCAGAAGAUAUUAAAAAAGCAUACCGUAAAUUGGCGCUAAAAUGGCACCCUGAUAAAAAUCCAGACAAUAAAGAAGAGGCAGAACGGCAGUUUAAACAAGUAGCGGAGGCCUAUGAAGUUUUGUCAGAUGCUAGAAAACGUGAGCUCUAUGACAGAUACGGAAAAGAAGGCUUAAUAAAUGGAGGUGGAGGUGGAAAUCAUCACGAUAAUCCAUUUGAAUUUGGAUUUACAUUCCGUAACCCAGAAGAUGUGUUCAGGGAGUUUUUUGGUGGAAGGGACCCCUUUUCAUUUGACUUCUUUGAAGACCCUUUUGAGGACUUCUUUGGCGGCAGGAGGGGUCCAAGGGGGAGCAGAAGCAGAGGUGGUGGAUCAUUCUUCUCUGCCUUUGGUGGAUUCCCUGCUUUUGGAAGUGGCUUUUCUUCAUUUGACACAGGUUUUACUUCGUUUGGCUCGCUGGGACAUGGAGGCCUUACUUCGUUCUCCUCUACGUCAUUUGGUGGUGGUGGGCUGGGUAACUUCAAAUCAGUAUCAACUUCAACUAAAAUAGUUAAUGGCAGAAAAAUUACUACAAAGAGAAUUGUUGAGAAUGGACAAGAGAGAGUAGAAGUUGAAGAAGAUGGCCAGUUAAGGUCGCUAACAAUAAAUGGUGAGGCAGAUGAAGAAGCCUUUGCUGAGGAGUGCAGACGGAGAGGACAACAAGCCCUGCCUUUCCAGCCAACCAACCCUCGCCUGCUGAAGUCUCACAAGCCUGCCAGUUCCCCCAGAUAUGCCUAUCAUUAUAAUAGCGAUGAGGUGGAAGAACAAGAUAGAAGCCGAGUUACGAGCAGCUUGGAGACCCCUUUUUAUUUAUCAGGUGUGCACAAGCAUGUUGAUGAGAAAUGCACAGAUAAGGACCCAUCAGCUAGUCAAAAGCCAAAGCCAAAAAGUCAAGCAAGGGGUUGUUGCUGUGUGUUGACCUAAUGUUAGCUUCCCGGUAGAUAAUAAACAGCAGCCUGUGUGCCUUCAUUCUGCA